ACGGGCUCUGCCCUCUGACCAUCUGAUGUCACUGGCAACAUGGCUGCGCUCAGUGUGGAAGCGGCAUGUCGAGCUGCGGCAUUAAGCAGGGCACUCCGGGGAGCGUGGCGUGUCCCUCGGCUGUCAGUAAGGAAGUAUCACAGAUGCCCAGUUUCACCCUGCCAGCACAGGUUCCUGUCCCCUGGAACAUAUAAAUUACUUAUACUGACCAACGCUCGCUACCAAAGUACAGUAACUACAGCUGACAGCCAGAUCCUGGUUGCCCAUGAUGUGCAAUCUUCUAUCCCUCCUAUUGCAGAAACAGUCCUGCCUUUACCCCUUCCUGAUGUGCCACCUACAUUCUCAGAGGCAUUGGGCCAGGUGGAUCAGAGUCUGUCAGAAUUGGGCCUUGGUGCCAGCACUCCUGUUGGGAUGGUACAAAAUUUCCUGGAGUUCUUACAUGUUGGUGUUGGCUUACCCUGGUGGGGGGCAAUUGUCACAGGCACAGUGAUUGCCCGUGUUCUUGUCUUUCCUCUGAUGGCCAAGGGUUUGAGAGAAGCUGCAAAACUUAAUAACCACAUGCCACAGAUCAACGCUUUCACAACUCGAAUGAAUGAAGCCAAACAAUCAGGAAACAAGUUUGAAUUCUCCAAAGCUUAUUCCGAUCUAACAUUAUAUCAGAAAAAGCAUGAUGUCAAUCCUCUCCGGGGCUUUCUGGUGCCUCUAAUACAAGCACCAGUAUUCAUCUCAUUUUUUAUGGCUCUACGGCAGAUGUCGUAUCUUCCUGUUCCUAGCUUGCAAACCGGUGGAUUGUGGUGGUUUACAGAUCUGACUGCAGCCGAUCCUUUCUACAUCUUGCCUGUGUUUGUCACAUGCACCAUGUGGGCUGUUUUAGAGCUGGGAGCAGAGUCUGGUGUAAAUAACCCAAACCUCAGAAUUAUGAAGACUGUUUUCCGUGUUAUGCCUCUGGUUAUUUUACCACUUACCAUGAACUUCCCCACUGCCGUGUUCAUGUAUUGGGUGACAUCAAAUAUUUUCUCUCUGGCCCAAGUUAGCUUCUUGAGAAUCCCAUAUGUGCGAAACAAGCUACGGAUACCUGAAAGGAUCAAGCAUGACCCAUCAAGCCUUCCCCAACAGGAAGGAUUCUUAAAAAGCUUGAAAUCAGGUUGGAAGAACGCACAAGUAGCACAGCAGCUUCAAGAGAGGGAGCGCAAGAUUAAAAAUCAUUUGGAUAUUGCAGCAAAAGGACCCCUCAGACCAACUUUCUCACAAAAUCCUCUGCAACAACAAGAAACAGCUGUGUCUCCAAAAACAACCAAAUCCAAACCUUGGCAGGAUACGAUUGGAUAAAUGAAGUCAUCAGACCACCCCCUUUUUCAACCAAUGUGCAGACCUGCUUCCCAAAUACAUUCUGCACAAUUUUAUGGACUUAAAGAGUGUAAAUCAGUUUGAGCUUGGACCUGAGGAUGGAAUAAACAGUAGAUUGUGUGACAGACAUGUGGUUGUUCUCCGUUUACCGCCAUUACAAAAACAAUUAAGCAAACCCCUUUACAUAGGGAUUAAAAUAUAAAUUCUGAUGUAUUUCUCAUAGAAAAGCAGUUAUUCCAUACACAUUUUAUUUCUUUGAAAUGGUUUAUCAAACAAAACUUUAACUUUUACUGCAAAUAACUUACACUUCUAUAGUGGAAGCAACAAUGAUUACUUACUCAUUCUUCAUGCUUUUCUUCUGAAUCUACUGCUGAACAGUAUUCACAUAUAAACCUUGUGUGCUUCAAGCAUGUAAUAUUGCAGCUCAACGGAACUGUGUUAAGAUUGAAGAGAUCUCAGUGAAAAUAGUGGUCCAGUUACACUCGCUCACAUUUAUAAAUGCAUAAACGCAGGUCUUAAUACCCCCCAUGCUGAUUUCACUUGCAUUGUUAGUGGAACUUGAUUAUGUAAUGGUUUUCUGAAAAUAUCCCAAAGGGCUUUAUUCGUUUAUUCACUAAUGUCUGGAUUAUUAAACAUUGUCUGUGGGGUUUUUAGUCACCAAAAUCCAAGCAUUGGAUAUACGAUUUAUCUUCUUGUAU